AUUCACUGGUCUUUACUUCAUAUCUGAAAUCACAUAUUGUGCAGUUAUAACUGUGUUUCUAAUUGGAUCUAGAUCUUGUACUAUUGUGUUUACUUUUCACAAUUCUGAGUAAAUCAUACCUGUUUUUAAAAUGUUGUUUAUAUUUCAUUGAUUUUAAUUUGGAUGAAAUUGCCAGUGUGAAUACCCGAGGUAAUGUCAGCAGUAAAUGUUAACAGCUUGACAGACAAGGCCAAGGUGGAAACAGGACCUUUUGAGUUAGAGUUUAGCUAUGAAACCAGUGGGCUCAACAAAGAGACUGGUGCGUACGUCAAAGAAGACGGUGGGAUCGCCAAGUAUUUAUGGGACAAAUGUGCUAAAAACCCAGGACAUAAAGACUUUAUCCCCAUCGAUGAGUUUAACCUGGAUCGUCUCCCUGAUGGAUACAAGGAGCAGGAUAUAUACGAGCUGGUCAAAACACUGAGCGAGUUGACGGUCAGUAUAUCAGUGAGCUAUGCAAGUCCAGCCAGACCUGAGAAGUUGAACGAUUCCACGUACCCGUGUUUUAGUGACGAGACUAGAUACUUAACACGCUGCGGGACUGGGAGGGUCUGGGAUGCUGUCAAAGUUGAAAACGAGAUUUGCCCCUGUGAGACAUGCAAGACUUCUACACAGCCUUGCUUGACCUGGGCUAAAAUCGGCAUUUUAACGGCCAUGCAUGUUAUAUAUGAUGAAAGCGAAGUAAAAAGUUCAAAGUUUGAGCUUGGAUACAACAAAGACGAUAAAAAUGACGAUAAGUAUCAUCUACUAGAAGGGUACAAAGUGUAUAAGACUGAGGUCGAACAGGAUAUGUGCUACUUGUAUAGCGCAUCACACUGUGUUGAACUGGUUGAUAGUUUGAAAGCUCAUCUUGACGACUUUCAGGAGAGAUGUGCCGCUGUCAACAAAAAAUACAGUAGAGACAGCAACAUGAAGCUAACAGCGAUCGUGUCCCACCCCCACGGGUACUUCAAGCACGUGACCCUGGGGGUGUGGGUGGAGCGGGUGCUGAAGAGGAACAACAACACCAAGUAUAAAUAUACGACGGCGACGUGUCCGGGCUGCAGCGGUGCUCCGGUAUACGUCGUCGGUAGAGACAAAGGCUGGUGGCUGACACAUCACCACAGUGGCACAGAACCCCCGCUUAACGUCAGUGGUAUAGGCUGGUUGUAGCGGUGCUCCGGUAUACGUCGUCGGUAGAGACAAAGGCUGGUGGCUGACACAUCACCACAGUGGCACAGAGCCCCCACUUAACGUCAGUGGUAUAGGCUGGUUGUAGCGGUGCUCCGGUAUACGUCGUCGGUAGAGACAAAGGCUGGUGGCUGACACAUCACCACAGUGGCACAGAGCCCCCACUUAACGUCAGUGGUAUAGGCUGGUUGUAGCGGUGCUCCGGUAUACGUCGUCGGUAGAGACAAAGGAUGGUGGCUGACCCAUCACCACAGUGGCACAGAGCCCCCGCUUAACGUCAGUGGUAUAGGGUGGCUGUGAAACAUAGACUUUUUUCACAUACAUAGAUAAACUUAUCGUGAAUGUUAGUGCAAACUUUAUCGUCAGAACAAAGGUCGGUUCUAGACUGUCCUGGAUGUGUUAGUGCCUGAUGAGGGUUAAUCUGUGAAGUGAGCAUUUCGAGGCAUAUUGUAGUCUAUUUCAUGCCCAACUACCAUUACAGAUCGACACAUUUGAAAUCAUCCUAUCAUCCGCUUGACUACGCCCUUGCUACUGUUCAUUUUUCCCCCCAUUUUUUAUGAUUUUUUUCUUAUACAAUAGGUUUAUAUGACUCUAGCUGUAUUAAUGAUUUGUUCUAUAUUUAUGCAAAUUUAUGAGUGUUGAAUGAGGAUCAGUAUUGAAACCUAAGUGUGUUGAUGUGUUGCUGAAUUUUGUUAGUUUCAAUUUCUUCGUCCUUCUAGUGUUGGAAGGGAUUCCCUCAAACACAAUAUUAUUAGAUUUAACUGUAAGUAUAGUAUGUUGUUUUGAGCUUCAAGUACAAGUGUAUUAUAUUUUUAUAUUGUGUAUGAACGUUUCUGCUGUUGUGUAUUAUGACGUUGUAUUUUGUGUAUGAGUUUAGAUAGACGCGUAUAGGUGUGUUGUGUGUUUCGGAAAUUUUCAAGUAGGCCCUACGUGAGUAAAAGCAAUGCGUUCUUUAACUAUAUAGCGCUGAUAUAAAAAAAGGUUGUGUGUUAAUAUUCUGAGUAUAUCUUUAAAUAAGCUUUAAAAUAUGUGACUACAUUGAUUGUUACAACUUUGACUCUUGAAAAUAUGGACCAGUAACUGUAACAUUAAACUGACCCCAUUUCAAGUGGGAUCGGAAAACC